AAAGUGCCGACCCAUUGGCCCCUUCUUUUGAAAAGUGUUCCUUCACAAGCAUUUGCACAUUCUCUCUCACUCUUCUCCUCUGUGUCACUGUGUGCAAGUGAGGGGGCCUCUGCUAUGGCCAUGGCCAUUUACACUCAUCUUCUCCUUCUCCACUUUAUCAUGCACUCCCUUUAACCUUCAUUAUAAGCCAAGCCCACUAGUCCACUACUUUUUCCUGAUUUAUCAUGUUCUUGCUUUCUUCUUCUUCUUCCAUGGCUGCUUUUCUACUUCUAUUCCUUGUUUUUCUCUCCACAUUAUGCUCUGCUCAGCGAAACCCACAAACCCUUUUGGAAGUUCAAGCGCUUACUUCUUUUAAACUCAGUAUUCAUGAUCCACUUGGGGCACUCACUGACUGGGAUUCUUCUUCCCCUUUUGCUCCCUGUGAUUGGCGCGGUGUUUUCUGCGUCAAUGGUAGGGUUGGUGAAGUUCGCCUCCCUCAUUUGCAACUCAGUGGGCCACUCACUACCCAAAUUGGUAACCUGCGCAUGUUGCGCAAGUUAAGCCUCCGUUCAAACUCCUUUAAUGGCUCUGUUCCAGCUUCGUUAUCCAAAUGUACCCUUUUGCAUUCUGUUUUUCUACAGGGAAACACAUUUUCCGGUAAACUUCCGUCGGAAAUAUUCAACCUUACUGAUUUACAAAUCUUUAAUGUUGCUGGAAAUCAACUGGCUGGUGAAAUCCCCGGAGAGCUUCCUCGGAGUCUACGAUACUUUGAUCUUUCGUCUAACUUGUUUUCAGGAGACAUUCCGAGGAAUUUGUCUGACCUGUCUCAGUUACUUCUGAUUAAUCUUUCUUACAAUCGCUUUUCCGGCGAAAUUCCGGCGAGUCUCGGCCGGCUUCAGCAGCUUCAGUACCUUUGGCUUGCGUACAACAACUUGGUAGGAACUUUGCCCUCUGCAAUUGCUAAUUGUUCAUCGUUGGUUCACUUAAGUGCUGAAGGAAAUGCUAUAGGGGGUCUUAUUCCGGCGGCAAUCGCUACUUUACCGAAGCUUCAGGUGAUAUCUUUAUCACACAAUAAUCUCUCUGGCUCCUUGCCAGCUUCAUUGUUCUGCAAUGUUUCCAUUUAUCCUCCCUCCCUUAGGAUUGUUCAGUUGGGUUUCAAUGCGUUCACGAAUAUUGUCAAGCAAGAGUCGUCUAAAUGUUUUAGUUCUUUGCAAAUUUUGGAUCUCCAACACAACCAAAUACAUGGUGAAUUUCCUUUGAUUUUGACAAACAAUUCUGCAUUGACAUCCCUGGAUGUGUCAUGGAAUUUGUUCUCUGGAAAAAUCCCAAGUGCCAUUGGGAACUUGUGGAGAUUGGAGGAACUGAGAAUGGCAAAUAAUUCAUUUGAAGGUGCUCUUCCGUUUGAUAUUACGAACUGCAGUGACUUGAAAGUUCUUGAUCUUGAAGGGAAUCGAAUGACGGGGGAAAUUCCAAAGUUUUUAGGUGAUCUUAGAAGCUUGAAGACAUUAUCACUGGGAAGAAAUCAGUUUUCAGGUUCCAUUCCUUCUAGUUUUAGAAAUUUAAGUAAUCUUGAAAAUCUGAACUUGGGAGGAAAUGGUCUUAACGGAAGCUUGUCUGAGGAAGUAAUGAGUUUGAGCAAUUUAAGCAUAUUGAAUCUCAGUGGAAACAAGUUUUCUGGAAGUAUGCCAGUUGGUAUUGGGAAUCUUCAGCAGCUCUCUGUUCUGAAUCUGAGUAAAAAUGGCUUUUCGGGCACUAUUCCUUCUAGCAUUGGGACUUUGUAUAAGCUAACGGUUGUUGAUCUAAGUGGGCAGAAUUUCUCAGGGGAAAUACCGUUUGAUCUUGCUGGUUUGCCUAAUCUACAGGUUAUAGCUUUGCAAGAAAACAAGUUGUCUGGUAAUGUUCCUGAAGGUUUCAGUAGCUUAUUGGGUAUGCAAUAUUUGAAUCUUUCUUCCAAUUCCUUUUCUGGCCAUAUACCAUCUACAUUUGGGUUCUUGACCUCAUUAGUUGUACUUUCUUUGUAUAACAAUCACUUAAAUGGUUCAAUUCCUCCCGACUUGGGCAACUGCUCUGCUCUGGAGGAUUUAAAUCUGCACUCAAAUUCAUUGAGUGGCCAAAUACCUCCUGAUCUCGGACGUCUCUCCCACUUGAGUGUGCUGGAUUUAGGUAGAAACAACUUAACGGGUGAAGUCCCGAUAGAUGUUUCCAAUUGUUCAUCCCUGACAUCCCUCUUGCUAGACUUGAACCAUCUUUCAGGUAACAUACCAGAGUCACUAGCCAGGUUAUCAAACCUAACUGUCCUUGACCUCUCUACUAACAACUUCACUGGAGAAAUCCCAGCUAAUCUUACCACGCUCUCUAGCCUGGUGAGUUUCAAUGUGUCAAACAAUAAUUUGUUCGGCCAGAUUCCAAUGAUGUUGGGCUCACGUUUUAACAACUCAUUGGAUUAUGCUGGCAACCAAGGUUUGUGUGGAGAGCCAUUGGAAAGAAGAUGUGAGAAAUCUGGUAAUGGUGGGAAUAAAUUGAUUAUGUUCAUUGCUGUGGCUGCCAGUGGAGCUCUUCUCCUUUUAUCAUGCUGCUGCUUAUAUACUUACAACUUCUUGAGGUGGCGCAGGAAGCUCAAAGAGAAAGCAGCUGGAGAAAAGAAGCAUAGUCCUGCAAGGGCUAGUUCAAGGACCAGUGGUGGUCGUGGCAGUGGCGAGAAUGGUGGACCUAAACUUGUUAUGUUCAAUAACAAAAUCACACUCGCUGAAACAAUUGAAGCAACUCGAGAAUUUGACGAGGAACAUGUGCUAAGCAGAACACAUUAUGGAGUGGUCUACAAAGCCUGUUACAAUGAUGGAAUGGUGCUCUCAAUUCGUAGACUUUCAGAUGGAUCACUAGGUGAGAACAUGUUCAGAAAAGAGGCAGAAUCACUUGGCAGGGUGAAGCAUAGGAACCUAACAGUUCUGCGUGGGUACUAUGCUGGCCCGCCUAAUCUCAGACUACUUGUCUGUGAUUACAUGCCUAACGGAAACCUUGCAACACUGCUCCAAGAAGCGUCCCACCAGGAUGGUCAUGUCCUCAACUGGCCAAUGCGCCACCUUAUUGCACUUGGCAUUGCUCGGGGCCUGGCUUUCCUUCACUCAUCCUCAAUGGUUCACGGAGAUGUUAAGCCGCAGAAUGUCCUAUUCGAUGCAGACUUUGAAGCCCAUCUUUCAGAAUUUGGCCUAGGCAAGCUUGUAGUAGCCACACCUACCGAGCCCUCCACAUCAACUUCAGUUGGUACGCUAGGCUAUAUAUCUCCAGAAGCAGCAUUGACCGGAGAAACCACAAGAGAAUCAGAUGCUUAUAGCUUUGGCAUUGUGUUGCUGGAAUUACUAACAGGAAAAAGGCCAUUAAUGUUCACACAAGAUGAGGACAUAGUGAAAUGGGUGAAGAGGCAAUUGCAGAGAGGGCAAAUUUCAGAACUAUUAGAGCCAGGAUUGCUUGAACUAGACCCUGAAUCAUCAGAAUGGGAAGAGUUCUUACUAGGAAUUAAAGUAGGAUUGCUAUGCACAGCACCUGACCCACUUGAUCGACCCACGAUGGCCGACAUUGUGUUCAUGCUCGAAGGUUGUCGUGUUGGCCCUGAGAUCGCAUCUUCAGCCGAUCCCACAUGCCAACCUUCACCAGCCUGAGGUUCAUUCUAAUUCUUUUCCUUUUUUAUUAUUAGCUCUUUAUAAGUUGUGAGAGUAAAUUUGCAAUGCAACAGUAGCUAGCAACUUAGCCUUCAAUUUUCAUGCUGUUUUUUCUAGUUCUUUAUGGUAAAAAAGAAACAAUAUUUCUCUU